CAUUUCAACAAACAGCAAUUUCAAGUGCUAACCAUUCACAUGAGAUCCAAAAUGUUCAAGAUCGUCGCUUUGGUUGCCUGUUUGGCAGUUGUUGCCUCCGCUCGGUACUACGGAGCAGAUCACGGUCAUAAUCACGAGGAUUAUCAUCAUUCGCAUCCGAAGUAUAAGUUCGAGUAUGGAGUGAAGGAUGGACACACCCACGAUCACAAGAAUGCCUGGGAAACCCGAGAUGGAGAUGUUGUGAAGGGACAGUACACCUUGGAGGAAGCCGAUGGAACCCAUCGUGUGGUUGAUUACAGCUCGGAUCACAAGGGAGGUUUCCAGGCUCAUGUUCAACGUAAUGGACAUGCCCACCAUCCACACGGAGAGAGCUACGUUAAGAUUGAUCAGCAUUACUGAUAAAAUAGUUAUAAAAAAUUGGAUUCUAUCCCAUUACCCCGAAUGCCAUUUCCCCGAUUGCCAUCACCCCGAAUUCCAUUACCCCGAAUGUACCAUUACCCCGAAUUCCA